AUGAGGAUUUUAUUAUUUGGUGAUGAGAAUUUCAGCUUCUGCAACGGUUUUCUAGAAGAGCAUGAAGAUGACAUAGUAGAAGUGUGUAGUUGUUUGAAAGAGAAUGAAUUAAAGCAAGAAAGCAAGAAUAAUAUUCAAUCGUUAAAUAAGAAUGUUGUAAUUCACUAUGGAAUUAAUCCAGUUCAAUUAAAAUCAAAAUUUCCACCGAAUACGUUUGAUGCCUUAUACUACGUUUUACCUGGAUUAUCAUUUCAUGGAUAUCCAGAAUUUAUUGAUCCUCAGACAGAAAUGUUUAAAUUGCGAUUAAAUUUAUUUUGUUUUAGUUUUUUAAAAAGUAGUAAGAAUAUAAUAAAACCAGAUGGUUAUGUCUAUUUAUUGUUUCCAGAAGAAAACCAAUUGAAUGAAUCUGUUGUUGCAAAUAAUAAUGAGAAUAAUGAUAAUGUAUCAUCAGCAGGUGGUGUUGGCACUGACGGAGGAAAUACCAAAAAAUCUUCAUUACCAUUUUUACCAAUUGAACCAAGAAAACUAGCUAGAUUUUGUAAUAUAGUAAGAGAAGAAAGUAAAGAUUACAAAUUAAAUCUUUCAGAACACAGUAGUUGGUUACCAGUUUUGUUUAAUAUGCCUAUUGUAAAUGAAAUACCUGAAUGGUUGAAGACAUGCAAAUAUUAUUGUUUUAAGAUGACCGAAUUAGAUAAUAAUAAUAAGAAUAAAACGGUGAAAGGAAAUAAUCAAUUGGCUGAACAAAAUAAUAAUAAUAAUAAUAAUACAGAUGCCAAUAGUAAUAAUAAUAAUAAUAAAAAUGGAACAACGAAUGAAGAAGAUGAUGAUAUAAAAAGACAACAACAAGAUGAUGAAGAUCAAGCACAAGCUCAACAAGAACAACAAGAAAAAGAAGAACAAGAGAAACAACAAGAAAAAGAACAACAAACAAAUGAUGAAAAUAAUAACAAUAAUAAUAAUAAUAAUAAUGAAGAAACUAAAGAGAAAGUAGAUGAAGAUCCUGAUGAAUAUAAUGUUUUGAAGAUCCCUCCACAGGUUUUUGAUUAUCCAAUUGAAAAAUUAGGACAUGUAAAUGAAUGUUUCUUAUUUAAGCUUUAUUCUAUUAAUAGUAAAAGUAUAUUAAUAUCACGAUUAACAUUAAAAUAUGAUCCUAGAAUUUCAGGAUGGAAAGGAGAUAAUAAAAUGAAAAAAGAUAUGAUGAAUAAUAUGAAUAAUAUGAAUAUGAUGAAAAAUAUGAAUAAUCUAAUGAAUAUGAACAAAUUUAAAGCAGGAAAAUAUAUGAAAAAUAAAGGUUCAAAAAAUGAUUUCCAACAACAAUAUAAAAAUAACCUUAUGCAAAAUAAUAUGAACUUUGGUUUAAAUAAAAAAGGUAAUAUGAAUUUACCACCACCACCACCUAAUAAUCUUGCCAUGCAACCAAAUAAUGUUACUAUGGCUAAUCAAAAUAUGAACUAUAAACAAAACAAUUUCCCAUUUGUUAAUAACUAUAAAAAUAUGCCAAAUAAUCUAACACAAAAUGUACAAAAUUCUAUGACAAAUAUACCCAUGAAUGUUAACCCAAAUCUUUCCAAUAAUAUGAUGAAUCCUUAUAUGAAUGGAGCUUAUAAUAAUAAUUUCAGAAACAAUAUGUACCAGCAAAAUAUACCCUUACCACCCCCAAUCAAUAAUUUCAAUAAAAAAAUUUACCAAGGACAUAAUAUGAAUAUGAAAAGAAAUAAUGAUCUAUAUAAUUCUGAAAAUAUGGACAAGAAUUAUGAUAAUUAUAAUAUGAAGGAUAACUGUAAAUCGGAUAAUGAUAAUAAUAUGAACAAUACCAAUAUGUAUAGUGACGACUAUGAAUUUGAGCAAACCGAAUAUAAUUCAGCAAAUGCAAUAAAUAAUCAUAUUAACAAUUCGGAAGAUCCUGAUUAUUACUUCUUAAAACAGAAGUCCAGGGAAGCACAUCAAUAUGGAACAUAUUAA